GAUUUCCUCAGCCCGGGAAUGUCCACCAUACAGGCCGCGGUGCUUGACCAGGUUGGCCGCCCUUCGGUAUCCAUUAUCGGCAAUAUCACUCUCUGCGGACGUACUGUAUCACUGGCCCAGACAUUUGGACUUCAUAGGGAUCCGUCAAAAUGGUCCAUCACGGAGAACGAAAAGUCGCUUCGAAUACGACUCUGGUGGUGUGUUCUUAUUACCGACCAGUGGUCUAGUGUGGCAUAUGGCGCGCCUCCUUACUUAUCGAAAGGCUACUACGAUGUUCCCAGACCGACAGUCACUUCACUCAUCGGGAGUAGGGCGAGCCCACAUCAGAAGCAGGCCACAACCUGUUUUGUGCAUCUCUGUGGACUGACCGAGCUACUUGCGGAAAUAAUACCGUUUGUUUAUCAAAUCAAACCAGACCGACUGCAACUUGCCCGUGAGAUCGAUCGGUUCAAAUUGGAAUUAAACGGCUUGGAGGCGCAACUUCCCGAGUGGCUUCCUAUGCCAAACCGCUCAGGGACGGCUAUGCUCUGGCUUUCAUUCCUCUCAAUUAGGCUGGUCCUGGCCCGCGUCAUCUUCCGCGCAGCAGUUCUUGAUGGAGAUGGCAGCAUUGGCCGAAACCGAAUGCAUCAACUACGCAACGCGUCUUCAGCAGUUCUCGAGUUUAUAUUGACCAUGGGAGAAAUUCAGUUCUUGGACUUUUGGCUGCCAUAUGCAACGCACUUAUUGGUGCACGCCAUUACCGUCUCGCUCCGAUGCACUGUCGAGACACAGGACCCGGAAAUACGCAACACGUCUGUCGCGCGCCUCGAACGCGUCAUUGCUCACAUUCAAUAUGCGCGGGACAAUUAUGACUGGGAUAUUGCAAAUUACUGUUUAGAGCGGUGUGCUGAUCCAGUCUCAAAGAUUGCUUCGCUGAACUCGAGAGAGGCACUACAGCCUUCGGAGACAGAGCCCACAACCGUUGUCGCAAAUGGAAAUGGCACCGAAAUGCAUACGAUGCCUAAUUUUGACGACGCAUCCUUCCUGCUUUCGGACAUUUUGGAUCCCAACGCAUUCGAUUUUUCCUGGGAUGCGCUAUGGGAUACACCGUCCGGAAUGACGAAUUUUUCAAUUUGAGGGCCUUGUUGCAUAUUCAUUCUCCUGCCUCCAGGCCAUAACAAUGGUUGGCAAUAGGUGCUCUUCAAUCAGCAUCCCUGAUCCUUCUCAUGGUUCACUUUUCAAUCGCAACGUACAUCCACAUGCAUGUACACUCGUACCCCGCUCUAGCUAGCGUCAUCAUUGCAAAUGAUUACAGCAUCGCUUUGCAUCAACAUGCAUGGCCUGCCACUAGCACCAGUCAUCAAGCAUAUCGCGAAACUACGCAUCCACAACUUUGGGCAAGCGCGUCGCUAUUUCCAGCCUUGGACCCGGGGUUGCCGCUGCGAUAAACAUUGCAAAAAUAACUGGGAAAUGGAAGGAAGACAUUUAUGCAACGGUCAGCCCAGUUAUCCGCCCUGCGCAAAUGUUGAUUCUACAUCAAC